AUGAGCACUCAGACGCAAGAAACGUGCAUCGACGUUGCUAAAGACCUGGAAGACACGUGUACACCGACUGGGAAGGCGCUGACUCAGUUCCUACAGAAGAGAAGGAAUGGAGCUAAACUUACGGACAUAUUAAUGCAUCUGAAGCGGGAGUUCCGUAAUACCAGUAUAGAUCCACUUACGCGUAACAUGAACUCUUGUUUAGAGGCUGGAACGAAUUAUGGGUUUCUAGAGAGGAAGGGUUCGCGUUUUUGUGUGAGUAGGAAUGCCAGGCCAAGAGAUACGGAGGAGAUGAGUGAUCGUAGAGGAGAUGAGCAGAAGGACCCUCAAGAUUUGCAGUCGCAGCCGUCUGACAGAUGCCGCCGCCGCCGCCGCCGCCGCCGCUGCAGGCGCCGCCGGCGCCGGCGCCGUGCCUGUCGGUGUCCGCGCCGCUAA